AUGGCUAGUCUCAUCAGAAGUGAUGCCAGCCUUUCCACCCGUUUCUUAACUGCUAGAAUUGGCCCAGCAGCAUCCACAGCCGAUCGUCUCACAAACACCAAACAAGUGACGCAAUUUUCAGCCGUCACUGGCAACGGAGCCCGCGACGAUGCGCUACAGAUUAACGGACACGUUGCGGAGAAGUUAAACAACUUCAAUUUUAAAACUCUAAUCAUCUCCUGUCAUUGCGAGGUUGCAAGGGCAGUGUCGAACAAAAAACUGGCCUCUCUACCAGCUGCUGUGCCAGCAAAGCCUCACUUCCCAGCUCCAGUGGAGGGUUCCGCUUUUUUCAAUGCUGUUGACCCGGCGGAGAUCCCGUCUCUACGAAAAGAGAAGAAGAACGUAACAGUCUUUUCCAAGGCGACCGGACAGCCGGACUCCUUCUGUGUUAUCUUUCCUCGGAGGGUUCGCGACAACUUCAUCUCGCUUAAAUUAGUCAAUCGUCUAGGUCUCAGAAAACACUUCGAAACCGCGUCGGUAACCUCGAUUACGUGGAACUCGACGCGAUUGUCUUCCACUGGGGAUUUCGUAAACCUUUCUUUGCCGAUGCAAGACAACGUUAGGUGCAUCCCGCGACGAUUCUACAUAGUUGAAAACUGCCCUUUCGACAUGGUUCUUGGAAAGGUUGCAGCGGGCUAUGCUCUCCAUUGA